AGGAUGUACGCACAAAUGGCCUCUAUCAACUGGAUGUUCGUCGAGGGGCUGUUCCUCCACUCGAGGUUGACCUCCAACGUCUUCGACUCGGGGGCGCCCUUCCCUCUCUAUUACACGAUAGGAUGGGGCGCUCCCCUGGUGUUCAUAGUGGCGUGGUCAGUCACCAUGGCUGUUCACUACCCCGUUCGCUGUUGGAUGUCUUACAGUGACCUGACCUACGUGUGGAUAUUAGUGGCGCCCAUGUUCACCACGCUUAUGGUGAGUUCUGGAGGUGGUGGGCGUGUUCAGGCUGUGUUCAGGUUGAUGGCUGGAAAGUUGCGAUCCAAGUGUCCAAUCCGAAUUCUUGGAAAUAGUGUUACAGUUAUGCUUAUGGAUCUGGUGCCGCUGGACAUCCUGUGGUGCCAGUGCCAGGGCAACGCCAGCGCCACGCCGCACGUGCAGCUGAUCCACCGCCAGCUGGCCCAGAUGCACGCCGACGCCACCCACCACGCCCUCUGCUACGUGGGCGUGGUGCUCGCGCUCUACCUGCUGGGCCUCGUCGCCAUCAUCGGGCGGUCGGGGCGCGCCGAGCGGCAGACGGCGGCGUCGGCGCUGUCCUCGUGCCUCUGCGGCGCCCUCUCCGCCUUCGGCCGCUGCGUCACCUCCGUCGGGCGGCUGCGAGACUUGCCGAGGGCGGCGGCGGCGGCUCCGGGCCAGCAGCAGUUCAGGACCACGAUAGCGCUGCCGCCGGAGCCCCUCCAGCAGAUGCCGGGGGCGCCGCCCCCCGCCGCCCACAAGCCAACCAAGCCGCCCUCGCUGCAGGUCCACCUGGUCGUCCCGGACGACGACGACGAGAUGGAGGUCUCGAUGGUGACCUCCGUGGCCGAGUGA